AUGGAGAGCUUCUCCAGAACGUCGCCUCAGGAUUGGGAGCUCGGUGACCGGACAGGAGGGUGCUCCAAAAACACUCCGCUGGAUUGCAAUGGCAACAGGAGUUCCACAGACGUGUUCCAACCCAUAGCUCGUGUGACAUUACCCUAUGGUCCCCAGAGUUUACAGCAUGCUCCUGCAAAUCGGAGCGAAUGCGAAUGGGCCUGCCUCACCAACUGCUCCUGUACUGCUUACUCCUACCAUGACAGCAAAUGCUCUGUUUGGCAAGGGGAGUUGUUCAGUGUAAACAAGGAUGAUGGCAUCGAGAUCAGCUCUGAAUAUACUCUGUACAUUCGCCUUGCUGCGGGAGAUGUUCCAAGUUCAACAAGAGAUAGUAAAAGAAAACCAGCAGCUGGAGCUGUUAUUGCUGCAAGCGUUAUCAGUUUUGGGUUGCUGAUGCUCAUGCUGCUACUGGUGAUCUUAAGGAACAGAUUCAACUGGUGUGGUAUGUCAUCACAGGCCACCAAUCAAGGUAAUGUUGGAGUUGUUGCCUUUAGAUACGCCGAUUUGGGCCGUGCUACAAAGAAUUUCUCAGUGAAGCUAGGAGCAGGAGGUUUUGGGACUGUAUUUAAGGGAGUUCUAAGUGACCUGACUAGUGUAGCAGUGAAAAGGCUUGAAGGUGCGCGUCAGGGAGAGAAGCAAUUCAGGGCAGAGGUAAGUGCACUUGGACUGAUCCAGCACAUCAACCUGGUCAAAUUGGUUGGUUUCUGUUGUCAUGGUGAUAAGAGGCUGCUUGUAUAUGAACACAUGUGCAAUGGUUCUCUUGAUUCCCAUCUGUUCCAAAGCAAUGGUACAGUCCUCAACUGGAGCACCAGAUAUCAGAUAGCCAUCGGAGUUGCUAGAGGAUUGUCCUACCUGCAUCAGAGUUGCCGCGAAUGCAUCAUACACUGUGAUAUCAAGCCAGAAAAUGUACUUCUCGAUGAAUCGUUUGUCCCUAAAAUUGCAGACUUUGGGUUGGCAUCGGUCAUAGGAAGGGAUUUUAGCCGGGUUCUAACUACAUUCAGGGGAACUACAGGGUAUCUUGCCCCAGAGUGGCUUAGCGGGGUUGCUAUUACAUCAAAAGUCGAUGUUUACAGCUUUGGCAUGGUACUGAUAGAAAUCAUAUCGGGAAGAAGGAAUGCGUCUGUUGUGCACACUAGCAGCAACGACCAUGUCACUUUUUUCCCUGUGCAAGCCAUCAACAAGCUUCAUGAGGGAGAUGUGCAGAGCUUGGUAGAUCCAGAAUUACAUGGUGACUUUAACUUGGAUGAGGUUGAAAGAGUUUGCAAUGUAGCAUGUUGGUGUAUCCAGGAUAAUGAGCUGGAGCGGCCAACAAUGGGUGAAGUGGUCAGAGUUCUUAAGGGUCUAAUGGAGCUUGAUAUGCCUCCGAUGCCAAGACUGCUUGCGGCUAUAACAACAUAA